AUGAAACAGAUUCCCAAUAAUAAUGUUAAUAUAAAUAUUGAAUUUCCAAUAUACGCAGGCAAUGGCGAUCUUUUUUUGAGUAGAUUUGAAGACAUCUUCAAGGACAAUCAGAUAUCGGACAUCGAAAAAGCAGGUUCCUUUACAAGAAGAUUACCAGAUGAGGUAUACAUCAAGCUUAAAUCGAUAUGUUCACCUACCGACUUCAUCAAUCCAUCGAUAUUGAUUGAAAAAUUCAGGUUAUUACACCCGAGGAAAUCUACAAGUUCCAACUUAUUAUUAUUUAAUGCAGCUUUACAAGGUAAAAACGAAAGUUACAUCGAUUGGGUAAGUAGAUUAUGCAUUUUAAAAAAUGAAUGUUUGCUAAGUGAUAGUAGAGUUAUUGAAAAAGUAAAAAUUUUGUCAAUCAGCAAAAAUAUUAGGCAGAAAAUUACAUUAAAAGAAAACAUUACAUUAGAAGAAGUUCUUACUUUAAGAGAUGAUUUUGAAGAGUUAGAAUUGAAAGAAAAUAUAAUUGCUAAAGUUGAAAAUAUUUCUUUAAACGAAAAAACAGAAAAUGAUACAACCGUGAAACAUGUAGAAAGGCUAAGAGGCAGGAAAACAGAAGAAAAUAAACAAUUGGUGAGAUAUGGAGACCAUGAUGAACGACAAAAUUUACAAUCUAAUUACGAUAACAGACAACGAUGGACAGCAAGAGGCCAUGACUUUCAAAGAAAUAUUUAUCAAGGAAAUAAUUAUAACCCCAGUUACCAAGGAAAUAAUUACAACCCUAGAUAUCAGAAUUAUAACGCGAAUUAUUACAACGUCAGAGCAAACUAUCCAGGAUCGUACAAUAAUUCUUCGAGAUUUGAUAAUAGAGCUAAUUAUAUUAAAAAUGACUAUAAUAAUAAUAGAUUUAAUAAUGAUUAUAAUUACAGAUAUAACAGACAUUAUAACGAUUCAAGAUGUAUUCAAAGAUAUAAUGAUAAUCAUAAUAUUGGGAAUCGAGGAACUAAUCAAGUAUGCAAUUAUAAAUAUCAUAACAACGACAAUAAUCAAUCACGAUAUACAAAUAAAGUAAACACUGUAAAUAUAGAAGAGAUAAAAGAAGAUGAUAAUGACAAACUAGAAAGAAAAUAA